AUGGCCGCCAUGAUGUCGAGACGGAUGCUAUCAAAAGAGGAAGAAGGCGAAGAGACUGAGGUGCGCCGUGAAGAUCAAGACAAGAUCAACCGCUUCAGCACUUUACAUCAGAAAGAGAAACUGUUGCAAGCAGAUCUCAAAACCAAAGAAAAAGAAAAGGAAGACCUAGAAGAAGUCUCAUCAGAACUUGAGCUUGCUGAUGAAGACGAGAAGGUCUCGUACAAGAUCGGAGACUCGUUCUUCCUGCUGCCCCUCCCCGAGGUCCAGGAACUGUUGGCAGCAUCAAUCGACAGAAUCGAUGUAGAUGUGACAGCAGUCGAAGAAAAGUUGAGCGAGCUUCGGGAAGAGAUGCAGCAGCUCAAAACCGCACUGUACGGUCGCUUCGGCCGCAGCAUCAACCUUGAAGCAUAG